AUGCCGGUGACCUUGGGCAACCGCUUCGACGACGAAGAUGCCGAGACCACCGCCCUCGCGUGGCCCGGUGCCGCGCGGGCCUUGCGACGGAAUGCCACCAUCCUCAAAGCAGUGGUCCUGGUGGCCUUCGUGUGCUUAUCCAUCGUGCUUUGUACCGCUGGGAUCUACUUGCGCAGCUGGGAGCUGGAGUUUAAGAUCCAGGAGCUCAAGGAUUACAUCCUCAUCUCUAACCAGCCGGACAUUCUAUGCGCAGGGACAACGGAUCAAGAGUGGUCGUUUGGGCCCAUUGAGAAGUUCCGCGGCUGUGAAGCGCGGCAGCGCGAAGACUUCACGCGCUCGGAUAAGGAAAUCUACGAGCAGUGCAUCUCGACCCACGCCUACGACCGCGAAAAGUACUGCCAGCGCGGCAAGGAGGUGCGGAUCUUGGUCUUCAACGUGACCAAUCCGGCCGACGUGGUGGAGGGGCUGACGCCCCGCAUCCGUGAGGUGGGUCGUGUGGGCGGUGGUCCCCUGGUCUUCUACGAGGAUUGCCGGACCUUCGACACUGAGUUCCGUACAAAUGAGGUAGAAUUCAGUGAGCAUUGCUACUACACCUACAAGUAUCCCAGCACCGAAGCAGUGGAUUUGAACCAGCAGGUGAUCACAGUGAAUGUGGGGCUGAUGGAAGCGAUCGGGAACUCCUUGCAGAAGAUCGAUUACAUCGUGGUGGUCGUCUGGGGUACCCUGGCACUGGAACAGCUGAAUGCGACAACCACAACGGUGGAGGACUACAUGCGCGGCCAGCUGCCUCUCGACAAGUGGACAGAUGCCUACCCAGGAGAGACUCAAUGUUCAAGUUAA